UUGCUUGAUUCAAAGUGUCCACAGGAGAUCAUGAACUCAGAUCUGUGGAUUUUUCAUGAACUACUGAAGAAUACAUUAAACGAUGGGAUGUCAAAUGUUAAAGGUCACGGUCCAAGGAUACUUCCUGACCACCUCCGAAGAUUAUUGACUCUUCUGUCCUUGUACAAACAACCUUCAGUAAUUUGUGUCAAAGCCUCUAGCCAGUAAGAAUGGAAUCCAUCUUUUUGACAAACAGGCAGAUGGAAAACACAGGUGUGCUAACGUGAUGGGAUAAUGCUUCCAAGAAAUUAUUUUCCAAACUGCCAUGGUCGUGUCCUUCUCAUGCAAAACACCCAGUGAUGACUAUUGAGAAAACGGACGUUUCUUUCCCUUCUUGAGACUUCUAAACACACAAAGACAUCAUGGAGGUUGCCAUGGUAAGUGCAGAUAGCUCCGGGUGCAACAGCCACUUGCCCUAUGGAUAUGCAGCCCAAGCAAGAGCCAGAGAAAGAGAGCGACUAGCACAGUCCAGGGCAGCGGCAGCAGCAGCUGUAGCAGCUGCAACCGCAGCUGUGGAAACUGGGGCUUCUGAAGGAGGAGGAGGAGGAGGAGGAGGAGGAGGGCCUCAUCAUCACUAUCACCAGGAACAGAGUCGUGGGGCUUCUUCAUCUUCUUGUGGUGGGAAUACAUCACGCAAUGGCUAUCAUCAGAGUAGUAGAAAAAAGAAGCAAAGGAGGAAAAAGACUCACUGCCUUGGUGGCAGGGAGUUUGGUGCCUCUUUCCCUUGCUCAGAGCUGCUGCCCCUCAGUGGUUCAGAGGAGAAGAUCCUGAAGGACUUAAGUGAGGAGGAGGAGGAGGAAGAGGAGGAAGAGGAUGGAGAAGAUGAAGAAGACGAGGAAAGGAAGUUCUACUACAGUGAUGAAGAGGGUGAAGAUGAGUUUUCAUUUACAGACCAGCCCCCCGAAGAUGGUGCUGGACCUGGGGGCUACACCUCUGUCCGCUAUAGUGAGUACGAGUGCUGCGAACGAGUGGUCAUCAAUGUGUCUGGCCUGCGAUUUGAAACCCAGAUGAAGACCUUGGCCCAGUUCCCUGAAACACUGCUGGGGGAUCCAGCAAAGCGAGGCAGAUACUUUGACCCACUCCGGAAUGAGUAUUUCUUUGACAGGAACCGGCCCAGCUUUGAUGCAAUUUUGUACUACUAUCAGUCCGGUGGGCGACUGAAAAGGCCGGUCAACGUGCCGUUUGACAUUUUCAGCGAGGAGGUGAAAUUCUACGAACUUGGGGAGGAGGCCAUGCUCAAGUUCCGAGAGGACGAAGGGUUUGUCAAGGAAGAAGACGACAAGGUGUUGCCUGAAAACGAGUUCAAGAAGCAAGUGUGGCUGCUCUUUGAGUACCCUGAGAGCUCCAGCCCAGCUCGAAUCAUUGCCAUAGUCUCUGUGUUGGUCAUUUUGAUCUCCAUUGUCAUUUUCUGUCUGGAGACGCUGCCAGAGUUCAGAGAUGAGAAGGAGCUCAUUCUGACCCACAACUUGGAGAAUGUUAACGAGACGCUACAGCUACAAGGUGGGGGCCACACGAUCUUCAACGACCCAUUUUUCAUUGUUGAGACCGUCUGCAUCAUUUGGUUCUCCUUUGAGUUUACAGUCCGCUUCUUUGCUUGCCCCAGCAAAACGGUCUUCUUCAAGAACAUCAUGAACAUCAUCGACAUUGUUUCCAUUUUGCCUUACUUCAUCACCCUGGGUACGGACCUGGCCCAGCAACAGGGCAGUAAUGGCCAACAGGCCAUGUCUUUUGCCAUCCUGAGGAUCAUCCGGCUUGUCAGGGUGUUUCGCAUCUUCAAACUUUCCAGACACUCCAAGGGUUUGCAGAUCCUGGGUCACACUCUCAGGGCCAGCAUGAGGGAACUGGGUCUCCUGAUCUUCUUCCUUUUCAUUGGAGUCAUUUUGUUUUCCAGUGCUGUUUAUUUCGCAGAGGCUGAUGAAUCUGCCACCCAUUUUCAAAGCAUCCCCGAUGCCUUUUGGUGGGCUGUGGUGACCAUGACUACGGUUGGUUAUGGGGACAUGAAACCCAUAACUGUGGGUGGGAAGAUAGUCGGUUCGCUGUGUGCCAUUGCAGGUGUGUUAACCAUUGCUUUACCAGUGCCAGUGAUUGUCUCCAACUUCAACUAUUUCUAUCACAGAGAGACUGACAACGAUGAACAAACCCAGCUGACGCAGAACGCAGUCAGCUGCCCAUAUCUUCCAACAAUACUCAAGAAAUUCCGAAGUUCAUCAUCUUGUUCUACAGAGGACAAAUCAGAGUACUUGGAGAUGGAGGAAGGGGUUAAAGAGUCUCUUUGUGUAAAGGAGAAAAAGUGUCAGGUCACAGGAAAUGGCAAUGAGACAGCAAAACAGAACUGUGUAAAUGCAAAAUCUGUGGAAACAGAUGUUUAACUUUGAUUGUUUUCAAACCUAUUUAUGCAUUAAAGAGUGCAUUGGUUAAAAAAUGAAAUAUGCAAACGGGAAUCUGAAACAAGCAGAUAGAAAUAUGCCAUUUGCUGGUUAAACAUGAAUUACAAAGCAUUAGUAAACUUGUAUUACAUAUCAAGUAAAUGAUAUACCUUGUGGAGGGGGCUUUAUCUGAAGUAGUUUCAAAGUUUAUAUUUUUACUAGAAUGCAGGUGUUUUGCACAUGAGGGAGACAAUUAUACUUUUAAGGAGGGUGUGUUUAACUAUCCACCUCACUCACUGCCCACUGGUAAAAGUUAGCAUUUCAAGGUAUUUACUAUGUAAGAAUCAAUGAAGUUCAAUAGCCAUGUAUUCAUUUGUUAAUGCUUUAAAAACAGCUUCCAUAAUUCAGUGGAUUUCAUAGUCUUUGAUUUCAAAAUGCUAAGGAUUAUUGUGGGGAAACUUAUUCUAUUGAAAGUCCAAAUUUAAUCUUAAAAAUUUUA